AUGACGGCCUCAACCAACACCUUCUUCGGAAAGGUCCUCUUGCAGAGAGUCCCCGAAAUAUUGGUGACAUUUCCUAUAUUCGAACAUCAUUCUUGGGAGAUAGUGUUUCCGCUACCGGAUUUCCUUGUUUCUACAGGCCGCAAAGCCAAAGGUGCUGUUAUUGAUGAUUUGGCCAGUUACUUUGACUUGCCACAAGUCGAAAGACGCGAUGUAGCGGCCUUUGUUUUGAGAGGGGAAGACGUCAUGCGUGAGAAUGGUAUCGGCUCUCGAGAUAUUGCAGCCCUGCAAUUCAAGAUAUUCUGGGGAAUCAAUGGAAUGACAUCUAUACUUGCAUUCUGGCUUUUAGCUCGAACAGUUUAUACGCCCAAUCUUUUAGAAGAGCUCCGAGCCGAAGUUGCUCCUGCUUUCGAAAACGGUAUUGACACUGGGCCUGAUAUGGAAUAUUUAAAGACGUGCCCAAAGCUCAACGCGACGUUCUAUGAGACACUACGUGUUCAUGGAGGAGCAUCUGGGUUCCGUCGCGUGGUAUCAGACACCACUAUCGCAGGCUAUAACUUCAAGACUGGCAGCGAUGUUAUCAUGCCUUAUCGGCAGUUACACAUCGAUAAAGAAAUCUGUGUCCCAGCUGCAGAGACCUUCGAUAUCAACAGGUUCAUCGACAAUCCCAAGCUGGCUACGGGAAAAACGUUCAAGCCGUUUGGUGGAGGGCCGGCCUUAUGCUAUGGCAGAUUUCUUGUACGGCAGAUGGCCCCGUGCUUUCUUGCAACUCUAGUGACGAGAUAUGAUAUGGAAGUCGUUGGCGACUGUCCGUUUCCUGAGAUGGAUCAUAAAGUCCCCCAGGUGGGUGUCAUCGUUCCCAUUAUGGAUCAAAUUCCCAAGAUCCGAGUAAGACAAGUCACUGGUGGGUGA